UGGGUACCCAUCUCGUCCUAGCGAUGAACGCCAACGUCUACUCGAUUGUCUACUUCCUCUCGUUCCUCGUUCUCUGCAUUUCAGCACAAUUGCACGCUGACAGCGGAGCCACUGAGGUGGAUGGAAUCGUCGACAAACGCUCACCAUACAGGGCAUUCGCAUUCGCAAAACGAAGUGACGAAGAGAACCUCGACUUCCUCGAGAAGCGUGCGAGAUACGGAUUUGCCAAGAGAUCUCCAUACCGAACAUUUGCCUUCGCCAAACGUGCCUCUCCAUACGGAUUCGCAUUUGCCAAGCGAGGACAAUUCUCAUCGUUCGCCUAAUUUCUUUGCUUAUUUUUUACUAGUUUUCCUUCCUCCUCUAUAUAUUUUUAUGUUUUCUUUUAAACCUUCCUCCAUAUUUCUGAAUUGAAUGUUGUUGCAUAUUGUGUGUCCUUAUUUCAUUUCCAUCAUCCUUUUGUGUGUUUCCCCCUUCCACCAAUUCCCCCCACGUCCUAAUGAAAUGAAAGCGAGAAGAUAAAUAAACUU